AUGACUUCCACUUCGACUUCUAGCUUCCCCGAGAUCUAUGCUAAACAAACAAGUUGUCUCCAACGAAAUGUCACUAUCACUCUCUCUCCCGUGUCUUCAACCAAACAACAUCCUCUGACAGUCAGUAUCGAGCCUGACGCUGUACGAUAUCCCACGUACUAUUCUAAUGGAAGUACAAGGGACGAUCAUCCAUUCUCCUCUUUGGGCGAUAACCUCCAUUCAUCAACGACAUACCAAUUAUACCGAGCAGAUCAGAUCUUACUACGAGACCCAGGUCAAGGGUCGAUGCUUCAUGUUCCUCGCACAUCCAGUAGAUCUAGUGGAGGUGUGGAAAAUCGAUGGCAAAUGAUUGAUCCGGAGGAUGAGUCUAUUCGACCGUAUUUACCUACUCAACAAGAGACUGAGAGGGUAUCCCAGAUGAUAGAAAAAGAAAGGAAUGAUCCCUUACCGAGGGAUACUCCUAAUCCCCGGAUUUAUCAAAUGACUCUUGAUUCGGCCACAGAUAAAAGUAUAGAUACACUUGCGGUUGUGAGACCGGGAUAUACCAUCCUUAUUCCCUCAAACGACUCAGCAGAAAACGAUGGGAUUGGGAAAAAAUCACGUUACUUAUUGCUUGACGAAGAUAUCGAUUUUACAAACGCAGAUGAAAAUUCUGCAAAGAGAUUUGAAGGGAAUGUUACCUCGUUUGUGGAAAGUAUCGCUACACCCAUCGAGCUCUUCCAUGGAAGGGAUGAUACAGAGCCAAAAUCACUAGAUAAUACAAGUUCGGAAAAGGAUGACGAGAUCUCUUUGAAACAAGCUCUAGGGGAAUCAAGGAUAUCUUAUACUGAUGAGAAUCAAGGUACAGGUGAUGACGGAAGUAAAAGCAAUAAACCCUCUUGGAACGCAACCAAGAGAAGCAAGGUAAGACCUUUGACAAGGUUCUUGAACUAUCUGCAUAGCAAGACUAGAUAG